AUGUCACUCGGGCCGAUUCGACUGCCUCGGCUGCCUCCCUUCAACUACGAACCUCUUCCUGCCAGGUGUAUUCGGGUACUGGAACUUCAACCUGGUGAGCGCACCGACCCUUUCCAAGGCCGUUUCACCAUCAUAUCGAUCGGUGGUGGAGACAAGUACGAUGCUCUCUCAUACAUGUGGGGUGAUGCGUCGCCCGUGGAUCACAUCGUUGUCGAUGGCGCAGCUAUACCAGUGGCUUGGAACCUCGCAAGGGCAUUAGAAUACCUGCGCGAUCAGCAGGGCUCAGAGGUUCGUAGAAUCUGGAUAGAUGCAGUAUGUAUCAAUCAACAAGAUGAGAAAGAGCGCGGGCAUCAGGUUGCUAUGAUGCGUUCAGUUUAUAACAAAGCGGACUGUGUUCGGAUCUGGAUCAACGGACCUGACCUAGAAGAAGAGAGUGAAGCAGUGGCGGCGCUCAAAAGCUUUGAGCUACGCACGGAAGGAUUGAACUGGGGCCUAGGCGAUGACAUACAGUUCUGGGAGCCUGUGGGGCCGAUAUUCAAGAACAAAUACUGGGAACGACUCUGGAUGUAG